UCUUAUCACUGUGUAUCUCGUUUACAUUUGACUAAGGCGUUGUUUUUAUUUAUUUUUCACUUUUUGAAGAUAUUGCUGAUUUUUUGAUGAUUCUUCAUUAUGAACUUGGAUUCUGACGAUGAUUUUCCUAUUAACGUGGGAAGCGCUAAAUUGGCUAAUCUGUUUAAAGAUAGUGUAAAAAACGACGUUUCUUUUCAUUACAAUGCGCAGCCAAAGAAUCCUGUUGUAAAACAGGCCAAACGGCCUCCUCCUCCAUUGAGUGUAGUCAUCGGGCGAACUGUCGACGCAUUCCAAUUGAAGAAAAAUGGUUAUUCGCCUGAAGGGAAAGUUGGCCUGGUGAUUUUAGGAAACGAUGAAGUCUUCUAUUACAAAUUGUAUAUGUACAAGAACGACGAGACGAAAGUGGCGAGUUGUGAGAUCACUCCGAAUUUUUCCCUGCAGGUUCAAGAAAAUAACUAUAUAUCAUUCCAAGACAGCAACGAUAUAACUUGGUCUUUGCAUUUUGAAAAAGCAUCCUGUUUGGUUCUAUUUUGCAGAGAACUAGCACUAGCCAGAUGGAAAUCUGAGCAGAACAUGCUUACCACGGUGGAACAAGAUGGUUUCAAAGGCAGUUCCAAUCAUAGAAUAACAAAUGAAGACAGGGUCGAAAUAUCCUUUUCCUGUUACAUAAUAAAAAAUAACAAAAUUGGAGAGAAAUGUCAUUCAUGUAGAAAGGAAGAUGCGGCGAGUUCGAGCAUGUGGCCCGUUAGCCCAGUCCACAAGUGUUUAGACAGCAAAUUCUUCCUUAUCACGCAAUGCGAGCAACUUAACGGGUUUGAACUCUCGGCUAAUGCGAACGAAAUAAUCCUCGUGGAAAUGGAAAUAAUAAAUGUUAUCAGAACAAUCGCCGAGGCUCAGCAAGAAAAAGAGAAGCUCUCAGACACGUCUUCAUUCAAUCAAAUGAGCACUGCAAAAGAAGUAAACCUUGAAAAGAAUGUUUCUGUUGAAAAAACGGCAAAAGUUAGCAAUCAGUUUCAAUCUUUUCAACCUGAUGAAUGUGAAAAACCUCAACAAAAAACAUCGUCGGAGAACAGCUCCAUCACAGUUAUCAAAGACGAACUCAUACCACCGAGCACACCUUCUGAGAUUUCUUUUGACAUAUCGAUGAAUUCUCAGUUGAGCGUUUUUCUCAGUGAGGUCAGAAUGAGCAAUUCUGAAAUCAGGAUGAACCUGAAUCGUGUUACAGACAAAGUCGAUUCUCUUAUAGACAAAGUGGAAGCGACAAAAGAUACAACCACAAAAUGGAAACCAUUUGUAGAGAAGGUCGCCUCCCUUGAAGACUGCAUAUCGGCACUUGUGGAUCAGAAUCAAACCGCUUUGUCAAUGUUAAGGAAACUCGGGGCUGAAGGGAACAAAGAGAUUGUUUCUGAAGUGUCUUCAUUAAUAAAAAGAAACACGAUGCUUGAAGAAAAUGUAAAAACUGCGAAUGAAGCGAUCAAAAAUUUGGAAGAAAAAAUCCAGGUUUUGGAGAGUCAAAUUCAGAAUUUUACCUCUGGAAAAGAAAUUUCUAAACAUAAUACCCUAACGAAUUCGCAAACUUCAUACUUUGAAAAUAGGAUACAAGAAUUGGAAAAAUUAAAUAAAGAUUUGGAAAAUCACAAUGUCAUAUUGUCAAAACAUGCAACGUUACUUUUAGAUGAAAAAAAAUCACAAGAGAACAAAUUCUCUUCAGAACUGAAAGAAAAAGAAAAAGCUUUGAAGUUGAUGUCUGCUCAGAUAAAACAUUAUGAAGACAAAGAGCUAAUGGACAGGAAUUUAACAGCAGGAAUAAAAAAAGUGCUUAAUUGUGCAGCUAGAGCUUUAAAAUUUCAGUUCAAAGAACUUGGUGAUGACCAUGCUGUUGAUGAAAUUAUUUCUGACACGUUAUUGGAAGUGGCGCACGAUUUCCUUGGAAACUCUUCAUCCAGUUCGGGCAUAUUCCACUGCAGCUGUCAGACAAGUUCGACCGACAUUUCACACGAGCGGGAAAAUCCGGAAAGCCCCCAGAAGUUGAGAAUGUGCAAAUCCAAUCCCGGUAUAAAACCUUCUCCUUUUCCUAAGUCUAUACCUAAACCUAAGCCUAGGCAAAUGACAGAGACAACACCGUCAAACAGCGCAGAUGAACAGACCAAAGACAAACAUCUCGCUGUUGUUUACGAAAAUGUAAUUUUAGACCUAAAAAAUAAAAACGAUCCGAGUUCACAAGAUGAAAUUAAACAUACAAAGCAUGAACAGACUAAACAAAAAAAUGAAACAAAAUUGCUUGAUAAUAGUUUAUUAUCUUCCUCUAAUUUUGUCCCUUUGAUUUCUAAUGAACCUCCUCCUUUACCUGCAUUUACUGAGUUUGACGAUCCUGUCUUAAAUGAAGAUUUGACGUAUGAAUAUUGUCAGAGUGAAGAGAACAACUUUAUACAAGAUGAAGAUGAAUGGAAAGGUCAACAAUUGCCUUUGGAAUGCAAUGAAGGAACAGAUAAGGAGGGUGACGAAACCGCGUCAUACAAUAGUCAUGCUAACUUGUGAAAUUUGUUUUCAUAUCAUUGUUAAAAAGCUAUUAAUAAAUUUUUAUAUAAUAUUCUUAAUAUUGUUAACAAUUUGUUAUUAUAUUGUAUAUGGAUU